AUGUUACCCCCUUGCGACCCAGCUAUACUGGAGGAUAAUCCUCAAUUUAAGAGGCUAUACCAGAAUUUGACAACGAAUUUGCUCAACCCUGAUGCCUCGACACGCGCCAACGAUGCGCAGCCUGCCAGAAAGGCCGUCUUGGAAGAACUUAAAAACUGUCGGACUCGUCAUAUUAAAAAGCAAAUCAAGAAACAAACACUGCGACAGCUAGCCUUUGAUCCUGACAGUGAUUUAUCGGACGAUUACCGCGACACGAUCACAAUUAUCAGCUUGUAUUUGGACUCGUCAUCCAACCAGCUCGACCUGGAUGGUGACGAUCGCGAUGGAGCCGAUGCGCUAUCUCUCUUGGCUCCAGAUAUUGACAAAUUCUACUCCGAUCUUCCCGCAUUGAUCAAGCCCUUCUCGAAUGCUAUUUCCUCUUCUCUAGGUGACCUUCGAUUGAUCGCUAAUGCGGGCGACGUUUCGAAUCCUCCGUCCGCGGAGUUAUCUCGACCCCGGACUUGGGCUCGUCAGUCGAUGAUGAGGGCACCCGUUUCUCUCUCCCCGCAGCUUGAAGAUCGACUGCGCAAAUUACGCCAUAAACAACUAUCCGAACUUCCGGCAGCCCGUACACGGAUGGCAGCGACAGCGAGGGAAGUCCUAGCGACACGGGCUGCAGUGCUGGAGCGUAUGGUGGUGUUACUGGAACGCGCCAAACACGGGGCACUCGCCCGAGCCACCAAAGCGAAGGCAGAGUAUCUAGCUACAGUAGCAAGGAGCGUGGAGGGGAAGUUGAGUGUGACGAAACUGGAUAUUUGUGCUACGAUACACACGCCUGAGACUAUUGCUGCUCUCAGCCGAUACCGCCAGCACCUUCGAGACACCCGCGAGCGGCUGGAGGAGAGAAAGGCGUCAGCCCUGGAGGAACUAGAAGCAUAUGAGGUGGACGACUCGGGAGCGAACGAUAGAGCUGGCAGUAGAAGACGGUCAGCAACAGGGCCUAUGAGGGAUAUUACCCGACAAUACGGGGAUUUAAUCCGAGAAAUUGAAGAUGUGAGGUCGGAGAUUGAAAGAUUAUGA